AUGGAGUACUUCUUCUUAAAAGGAUUCUUGGUGCUUUUGUUAACAAAACACUGCACAUCUGACGGCCUUCCUACUUCAAACCAUUCUUCCACGGUCACUCUUGAAGCUACACAAACUUCACUUCCAGCUGAAGUUGUCGCCCCACCAAGCCUGGAAGAGGUGCAACAAGCAGUACAGGAGGCUUCUGAGAAGGUGGAGGAUGGUGCAGCUGAGGAGGUCCUGAUGGAGCUUCUGGAGAGGGUAGUGGAAGCAGCUCUGGGGCAAGUAGAAGGGAAACGGGAUGAGCAGGAAGAGGAGGUUGAAGACGAGACGGGAGUAGAGGUAUCCGAGCAGAUGGUGGAAGGGAUGGAUGAUGCUGGAGAAGGUGAGCAGAAGACCAAAGAAGGAGAAGAGGAAGGAACAGUUGCUGAUAAUAUGGAAGCCACCACAGUUGGUGUAGACGCUGUUGGAACUGAGGCAGUUCUAGAUGAAUUUGUAGAUGCCAAAAUUACUCAGGAAGUUGUUGAGGAAACCGUGGCUCCCUUAGAGGAAUUAGACAAGAAGGAUGUAAUGUUAAAUGGCAGAGUUGAAUCACAAACAACUCAGAUGGUUCAAGAGGUUGACUUUGGUGGGGAGCCAGUGCAGGAGAUUGCCCCAGACUCUGACCAAAGUCUUGUGGCUGAUCAUAUAGGGACAGUAGGGGCGAUGGAGGAAGUUGCUCCAGCAGAAGGUGAGCUACUCGGAUCGCCAUCUGAUACUGCUAACAUCGAGCCAACACAUCCUGUGCUAGAAGAUCCAAUAUUUAUCAUCGAAAACUACACGGUGAAGGACCCACAAAGUCAUGUAGAGGAAGAGAUGGAAGCUAUUGAGAUUGAAGAUGAGGAAUUGGAUUCAAACAGAGAAGAAAGUCACCAGGGUAUCAUCAAGCAAGAAUAUGAAGUGUUGGUCAACGGUGAGGAUGAGCAACAAGCUGGAGUCAAUGUUACAUUACAGACUUCAAAUGAUCUCAUAGGAGACCCAGAAGCAACAGUGAUCUUUCCCCCGGAGCCUGAGGAUGAUGCGUCCAUCGGGCAGAGGCCCAAAAACCAGCUUGCUCCCGCCCCGAGCACAAUCUUCAGUGAGGUUGCAGAGAGUGUCUUCACUGACCACGGCAAUGAGAUCCUCUACCCGACUGAUGACCUUUUGACCCGACCAACGCUAUCCUAUUUUGGCAAGGAUGUGCUGGCGAUGCCCCCUCACCCAAGAGGACAGCUAGUUGAAGAUACCGCUGGGAAUCCAGAAACAAAGGAAAUGGGUCUGGAAGCGUGGAAGACCGGCACAACAAUUAUUGCAGUGUUCUUGGUUUUAGAGACGAUUGUCAUUAUCGUCUAUAUCUUUAAAUGUCGUAACAAAAACAGGAGGCCCGCUAGGCAACACUCAUGUGAGGAAGGGUGUGUCGAAGCAGAAGUGACCACCGGGGCUGAAAGUAGUGACGACACGCUCCACGCAGGAAAUGGGGACACUCAACAACACCAAACAAAACCACCAAACACCAAAGAGCACAAAGGAGAGCAUGUGAUUAGCAUGUCAAACCUCCCGGAUGGCCCCACAGUGGAAUCGGCCAAUGCUGGACCAGGACCAGAUUCGUCACAAGAACUCAGGACUUCCAUGCUCUAGGGUGGUCUGAUUGUUGAUUGUUGAUAUUAAAGUAAGAGUCCCUCUUUGCCUUUGUUCAAAGCUAUCCAAGACGCCUCAAGAAAUAUUUUUAAUUGACCGACUGGUUGAAUCCGACAGAAGAAUUUUGUAUGUAGCGUGUUUGAACGAAUGCAUUUGGGGGGGGGCAUGUAUGGGGGUGAACACAUUUUACACACGUUAGGAAGUACUCAAACUCAAGAUGACGUCUAAUUCACUGCAUUUUUGUUUCAUUAGCAUUUCUGUUCAAGUCCUGUAUAAUAUAACUAAAACUCUGUAAA